AUGAAGCCUUCAAAGCGCCCAAAUGGUGCCUCAUCAAAGUCCUCCAUCAUGAGCUCUGUCACCGAGUUCUACCGUUCACAAAUCGGCGGCGAGUCUGUCAUCAACUAUGCCUACACCGACUUCCCCUGGCGGCUCCUUGCCAAAGACGUCUAUUACUUCUUUGCCUACUGUUGGGCUUUGCCCUGGGUUUUGUUUCCUAUCCGCACCUAUGGCUCGGACGAGCUUGAUGAGCUGUAUCCAUCUUGGAUGAACAUGUUUUGUCUCGCAGUCCAUAUCUUUUUGUUCAUCUUUCAGCUCAUAUAUCUUGUCACCCUGCCAUUAGCCAUCUUUUUCCCCGCAUGGAUGGGAAUCACUGGUAUUGUGGUCUUUCAUUUUCUAAACAGAUUCGUUUGCAUGCUGCUGAAUGGCAGGGACAUCAUCUUUCACUCUGACGAAAAGUACGCAAAGACACGACCAGAGCAUGAAAACGAACAAUGGGUAUUUUUGAACGGCGUCUCCGUCGGCCAACACUGGAUGAAAAUGAAUCUUAAUCGCCUAGCUCUUACAUUUGGACGCCCAAUUCUCGGCAUCCACAAUCGGACAUCUGGUGUUAUUUUCGACGUUAUCGAGUGUCUUAUACAGCGCAACUUCUCAUACGCAACUACCGAUAUUCGUGUCUGCUAUAGGCACCUCAAGGAUAUUCUCUAUGACCCAAAAAAGUCAAAGGUCGUCUUCAUCAUGCACUCCCAGGGAGCCAUAGAAGGCGGCAUGGUUCUGGAUUGGCUCCUUCAGGAGAUGCCCCAAGAUCUGUUGGCAAAGCUCGAAGUAUAUACCUUUGGUAGUGCCGCCAACCAUUUCAAUAAUCCACACCGCCACGUCAUUUCGCAAGAUUUGACUCGGUCAAGACCCCUUGAAGCGAUGCAGACGCUCGUCUCCGAGGCCGCCUACGAGACUCCAGUCACCACUCCCCUCGAGGUCAAGAAGGAUCCUAUGAUCACUGCUUCCAUGCUACGAAGGUCGUCUUCUUUGGCUUCUUACCACACCGCAUCUGCUGCCAAGGAUAGAGCUAUUGGCCAUAUCGAGCAUUAUACUCACAACACCGACUUUUUGCCUCGGUUCCUUGGCCGUCUCUUCAACCGGUCUAACGGUCACGGCGGACAUCUUCUCGUCCAGCAUUACCUGGACGGCAUGUUCCCUCUGAAGCGCGACCCGGAAACCGGUGAAUUUACAGGAGCCGACGAAGAAAACGAGUUUAUGGAAGAGGUCAUCAAGUUUGGUGUCGAGGGUACCGCCAUGGAGAACGCACGAGAGGCCUUUGAGAUUAGUUAUGGAGGUACAGGAGGGUUCGGAACGGGCGAGAUAACGACCCCCAUCGAGGUUUACGACCAGUUUUCUUCGCGCAAGAGACAUAAAAAGGACGUCAAAGUCAAAGAACUCAGCAGGCUUUGGAUGUACAGGAACGGAUUAAGCCCGCCUGAAACAUCGCAAGUCUUGCCGGCCGAGUUGGUGGGCAUAGCGAGAAACUUUUCGAUCUGA